AUGGCCGCGGAUGGAGGAGUACUUCUUGAUGGACGACCGUUUUGGUUGGAACAAAGCGAUGACGAUCUUCCCACCGACGAUGAUCUUCCGAUGAAUGCCGAAGUGGUGCUGGAGGUGUGGGCCGGAAAGAUCAAACUUGUACCCAUGCCUACAAUCCCAAUCAAGCUCGAUCCGAUGGCUGCCCAAAGCCAGCUGAGCGACAAGGAUCCGCUUUUCUUCAACAAACAAGUGCUUUUCGGGAACACGGUGCGCACGAUGAUCAAUGCAACUGAUAAUUGCAAUACAACUUCUUCGGAUGAUCGUAGUGAGUUAAGCGCCUGCAAUCAAAUCUCAGACAUUCAAGCGUCCAUCGAUGCAAAUAGGGAAAAACAGCUGACUUUUGUUGAGCCAAAAGAUAUCGUCAGGUACACGGCAAAGAAGCUUCGUCGAGACAUGUUUCAUAAGAGUACAAUCUCGGAUCGCACAAUGAAAGGAAGAAAAAAG